GCCGGACACCACUGUCAUGGGCUGCCCAGAAUGGCCGUGAGGCCGUUGUCAAGCUACUGCUUGGUAUAGGCAAGGCCGAUGUUAAUAUAGCUGAUUCAGCCGGCCGGACACCACUGUCAUGGGCUGCCCAGAAUGGCCGUGAGGCCGUUGUCAAGCUGCUCAACGCUAGAUAG